AAACAAGCCGCUUCCAGAAUACGAUACACCGACUUCCAAACAGUCCCUCUAACUUCAAACCAUUCCUCUCUCUCUUUGCCAAAGCCCUACUUUCAAACUUGAAGAAAACAAACAAAAUUGGAACACAAAAUUGAUCUAAACCCUAAUCUUCCAACAAUGUCCCCUCUCAUUUUCCGAUCCCGAUUCUUUUCCCUUCUGAAGAAUCGCCAUGGCCGUCUUAUGAGCUCCGACCUCGCUUCAACCCCUUCCAAAGAUGCCCUCAAUGCCUCUCAGAAGCUCGUCUCCGAUCAGAUUCCACCUGAUGCUCAAACCACUUCUGCUAUUUCUUCUUCUUCUUCCUCUAGUAAGCCCUGGAAUUUCUUCAAGUAUAGUUUGAUUGGUGCUCUCACAGGUGCAACUGCGGUUGCUGGUUACGCCAGUUAUGCCUAUAGUUAUGAUGAAAUUGAGGAGAAGGCGAAAGCUUUACGUCGUUCUGCUAGUCAUACUGCCACUGACGAUGUCUCAGGGAUUGAUAAAGUUCAGGGCAUGCUCUACUCCACGAUAAUGACAGUUCCUGCAAAACUUGUUGACGUUUACCUGGAUCUGAGGAAGACAAUUGAAGAACAAGUUAAAGGUUAUACUGAGCCCAAUGCGGAAAUGCUUCUUCCAGAUUUGCAUCCCAUGGAACGACACGUGUUUACGCUUGUUUUAGAUUUAAAUGAGACUCUAGUGUACUCGGACUGGACGCGAGAAAGAGGCUGGCAGACGUUUAAAAGACCUGGAGUUGACUCUUUCUUGGAACAUCUUGCCCAGUUUUAUGAAAUUGUUAUAUACUCUGAUCAAUCAAAUAUGUAUGUUGAUCCUGUCAUUGAAAGGUUGGAUCCCAAGCAUUGCAUACGAUAUAGGUUGUCAAGAGCAGCUACGAAGUAUGAGAAUGGAAAGCAUUACAGGGAUUUAUCAAAGCUUAACAGAGAUCCCAGGAAGAUUAUUUAUUUGAGUGGCCAUGCAUCUGACAGCAGUCUACAGCCAGAAAAUUCUGUUCCAAUAAAGCCAUGGAAGUGUGAGACAGAUGACACAGCUCUUCUUGAUUUUAUACCAUUUCUUGAAUUUGUUGCGCGAAAUAGUCCAGCUGACAUCAGACAAGUACUAGAAUCGUAUAAAGGAUGUGAUAUUCCAACAGAAUUUAUAAGACGUUCUAAAGAGCAUCAAAGGCGGAUUCAAGAACAGAAGCAGCAGGGGCGAAUAUGGAAACGUUGAGAUCAAAAUAUAGUGUAAAAAGUUGAUUGAAGAUGUUGUCAAACAAAAACAAAGAAUAUUGUUUAGAAUCAACUGGAGCCUCUUCGUGCAGGCCAAGAAGCAACUCCAGAUUGAUUUCAUCGAUUUUCUCUUCUACAUUCCAUUAGUUGCAGCUUCUUGAUAAGCAAGAGCAGUACGUAAUUUUUUUUUUUUUUGUCUCACUUAAUUUGAAUAACCCCCCCUCCCCCAUAAUUUUGCAACUUAUUUAUCCCAUUUCUGGAGAAGAGAUUGUUCUGCCAGGCAAUGGAGUUUUGAUUUUGUGUCAUUUAGCUCCUUCUGAGUAUUCCUGAAUAGCUAUUACUGUCCAAGUUUAGUUACAAUUAUUAACCCUUUGAUUUUGUUUUGUUAUGUGUUAUUUUCUUUUUUUAAAAAAGUUUAUAUUUGUAUA